GACGAUGGCGCUACUGCAACCAAUCCCUCUGGGCUUCUUACUCCUCCAAGGACCCCUUCCCCUACGCCAGAUACGGCUGUGAAAAUUGAUCAGCAGGCGACAAAAAAGAUCGAUCUAAGCGUGCUGAAAUGUCGACUCAAUCUCCAGGAUUGGCGAUGCGGAUGCCUUACCCAACAGGGGAAACCCUGUAAAAAGUAUACGCCAAAAGAGAAUAGGACGAAGGUGGAUAGCUUGAUAGAAUCGAUGGUGGCUUUGACUCAGUCGUCUAUGGAACUCGAAGACAGGCUACGAAAGUUGGCUGAGCUAGUUCACUGCCAUCUUCAUCCCUAUGAAAGACAUAUAGAAGAUCGCGUUGAGAAAUGGACAUCCAUCUUCCCUACUGGAGAUGCUAAGCCAUCUAUACCUCUGGAGAAGCGGAUCACAAUUGCUCUACGUCGCGAUUACGCCCAUUGCAAUAACCGUUAUUGUAUAGGGAAGACAUUGAAGCAGGAGGAUUGCCGUUCGAAGCUUGAUGGACGAAACAUGCAAAAUUACACCAAGACUAUUGAUGAGAUUAUCCUGUCGGUAGCUUGCUUUGAUGAUACUAAAGUUGAGUAUCUUCUCAAAGUCCUCGCAUGUAAUGGGCUUUGUGAUCACCACCAAUAUCAGUCAUCUAAACAUAUCGAGCUAUGGACUUCAAGACUCGUGGAGAUUCGCAGCACAUACCAAGCAGAAACUAAGCAAUUGGCUAAUAGCGGCUGCACUCUGGAUGACUCUGAUAUGUCUGGUACAACUUUACAACGAGAAAUAGUUCAAAGGCUAAUGCUCAAAAAUAGCACUAAACAUGAUCUUGAAAAGCGAGUCGACUCAACACCUAUUGACUUGGCAUUACCUCCACCAGACCAAUACUGGCCCAAAGCCUUUGAUGAGAGUACCUUUAAAAUAAUCAAGAGAAGGGAUAGCCCUCAAGACCCAAAAUCUUCAUACAAAGAGAUCAAAGCUAACGCGAUGCGUCCUUUGGAAAAGAAGUUGGGUGACCUAAAGAAGGGAUUCAUAUAUCUUUAUACGGUUAAAGGAAACGAGAGAUUUGUCAAAAUCGGAUACACUACUCGCAGUCCGGAAACACGGCAUGAAGAGUGGAAGUUGAGCUGCAACAGAGAACCCAAGUCACUCUUUGAAGGCUCAAUAGUCCCAAAUGCCCGCCGUGUUGAGGCCUUGUGCCACGCCGAGUUGGAUUAUUGUCGGACAAGAGUCUAUUGUACCGGCUGUUCGAUACAGCAUAUUGAAUGGUUUGAAAUGACGCCUGAUGAUGCUAUUUCGGUUAUCCAGAAAUGGUCAAAAUGGAUGGAAUCUAAUCCAUAUACUGAGACAUUGUCAGAGUCCGGUGUAAAGUGGGCAUUAAAAGCAGAAGAGGUGAAGAAGCUUGAUGAUACCGAUACAUUCAUGAAAGAU